GCUUGAUCGAUUGCUGACAGAAGUCCUGACAUUUUACUAUCAAUACCAUUACCAGACUUGUUUUGCCCGUACAUCCUAAAUUUUUAAUUUGUUUGUCCCGAGCACACUCCGCGCUCAAUACAUGCGAAGAUAUUAGCAGUCAAACUCUUUCUAGCGACGAAGUAACAGUUUGAACAUCAUGGAAUUGGCGAAUUCCGAGAAAAAUGAUACAAACGUUACUGUUGAUAGAUAUGUUAGCUCUUUAUACAAUCUUACGCAAGAAGAUAGCAACUGGAUCGUCACGAGUUCCUUCAUGAUUUUUACAAUGCAAACAGGUUUCGGAAUGUUAGAGUCUGGCUGUGUAUCUUUGAAAAAUGAGGUCAAUAUCAUGAUGAAGAAUGUAGUCGACAUAGUUCUCGGCGGCUUGACUUAUUGGAUCUUUGGAUUCGGAUUUAGCUUUGGCUUGUGCAAACCCAAUAACCCUCUAAUCGGCAUUGGAGGUAUAUUCGUAGAUCCUCCCAUCGACGACGAAUACAUGGGUUCCAUUUGCGCCGCAUUUCUAUUUCAAUUGAGUUUCGCCACCACUUCUACAACCAUCGUUAGUGGUGCUAUGGCAGAACGGUAUUUAUUUUCGCAAAUACGAUAUCGAAGACGUAUCAGUUAUACAUUUUGUAUUUCUAGAUGUAAUUUUAAGGCAUACUGCCUUUUCUCGUUUUUGAACACUAUUGUGUACUGCAUACCAGCUGGGUGGGUAUGGGGCGAUCAUGGUUUUCUGAACCGCAUAGGGGUCGUUGAUAUUGCUGGUUCAGGCCCGGUGCAUCUUGUUGGUGGUGUUUCAGCUCUCGCUUGUGCCAUCAUGCUCGGUCCCAGAAUAGGCAGAUACGACAACGGCAUCGACCCUCUACCACUUGGAUGUCCAGUCAAUGCUAUUAUGGGAUUGUUUGUGCUAUGGUGGGGUUGGUUAGCGUUCAACAGUGGUAGUACUUACGGAGUAACCGGUGAUCGAUGGCAGUACGCCGCUCGAGCGGCUGUCUCCACGAUGAUAGCCAGUAUGGGAGGUGGUCUCAUCGGUUUGGGAUUUAGCUUGACUAAUCCGAAUGGAAUUGAUAUCCUUAGUCAGAUAAAUGGUGUUCUUGGCGCACUGGUAGCAGUUACCGGUGGAUGUUUCCUGUAUAGAAAUUGGGAAGCGAUGAUAGUCGGAAUGGUAGGUGGUUUUAUCACGUGUAUCACAAUGCCCGCAUUAGACAGAAUUCACAUAGAUGAUCCUGUUGGUGCAGCCGCCACUCACGGCGCAAGUGGUAUCUGGGGAGUUAUUGCCAUCGGUUUAUUUGCUGAUAAUCCUCAUCCCCUUGAUACCACAAGUGGAAGAAAGGGCUUGUUCAAAGGAGGUGGUUGGUACCUUUUAGGAGUACAAAGUUUAUCUGCACUUUGCUUAUCAAUUUGGAGUUUCUUCAGCUCUAUUACACUGCUAUGGAUAAUAGAUAAAAUAAUACCAAUUAGAAUGGCAGUUUAUGAAGAAGUACUCGGAGCUGAUCUUGUAGAACAUAGAAUACGUCAUUCAAAGAUAGGUGUGAGUCGUGCUAUGUCAGCGCUUCGACCGUUUACUAUGGAAGAAGUACUAAGGAAUGUACCUCCUGUAGGCAUGAAUCCUGGUCACGAUUCAUAUAUUACUCAGCAUCAAAAGAAGAAAUUAGCGAAUUUCUCAAAAUCUGGGAAACCUCAAUUGCCAAAGAAGCUGGUGGCGAGAAAUUCUCAAAUCAGGACGAUCGCAGACUCUACGAUAACCGCGGAAGUGAAACCACAGUUUGCUUGGAUAGAUUAAAAAAAAACGGAUCCACAGUGAGACUUAUACUUUAUCAGAGAUGUAAAUUGUUUAUUACAAAUGUAUAAACAUAGAUACGUGCACAAUGUAAUUUCGUUGUAUUCUAAUAUGUCCGAAUAAUAUGUAUGUGUCUGUGCGACAGACACACGUUUCUUAAUAAAUACCUAAAUUUUUAUUCAUUCACACAUAUAAAUAUUGAUCGCGGUCAUACAUGCGCGCUCGCACACACGACACAGAGAGCUAAAUGGACAUGAUAAGUGGAUCACAGACAAACUGAAUUUUAACACUGCUUAAUCAGUGGCACAAAUAUGGUUUCAAUCGACUAAAUUAGCUAAAUUAGCUAAUAAAAGUGUUCAUAACACUUGAUAAGAUAAUGCAUAUUAUUGUAAGAAAUAAAAUAUUUCGAUAAAUAUU